AUGUCAAAUUUAUUCAGUUAUUUUCAACGUAUUGAGCCGAAAAAAAUGGCCGCUACGACAGCGGAUAGUGAAACAACUUCGCCCGCAAAUAAAACACCGAAAAGCGAUAAGAACGGAGUGACGAAAAGGAAUCAAACUCCGAAAGAAUCGUCGAGCUCAGCACGGAAAUCGAUGAACAUGAGCGAUAUUUAUAGUGCUGACUCACCUAAAACAGAAAAACGAAAAAAAUCACCGCCGAUGCCAGCGGAUGAUCAUGACAAUCUCCCGAAAAAUAAAAAACGAAAGACACUCAAUGCACGAAACGAGUCGGACGAUGAUGACGAGCCACAACUUAAAGUUAGCAAAAAUCAAAAUCGAAAACGCAUUGCUAUUCUCGACAGUGACGAAGAAGAAGAAGUAGAAAAUGAUCGAAUGGAUGUUGACGUCACACCAGUUAAUAAACGAUCGAUGAAAAGUGCCGCGAAAAAGAAAGGUGCUAGUUCGACAACAACAUCACGAAAGAAGAAGGCGGAAGAAAGUGAAGACGAAGAAGCUCUGUAUAAAGAUGAGUCAAAUGAUGGAAGCGAAGAAAACGAAAGUGAAAUGGAAGAAUAUGAUGAUGACGAGCCUGUCGAUCAAACUAAAACACCCAAGCGACGAACAGCAACGUUGAAUAGAGAGAAAAAGCCAGCGAAAAAUAUCAGCGAUAGCAAUUUUACCCAUCUUUCAUUGGAAUUCCUUAAAGAUGGUAAACGACGAGAUGCAAACCGUCGACUUCACACCGAUCCAAAUUAUGAUUCACGCACAUUAUAUGUGCCCGAUGAAUAUUUGAAUAGUGUAACGCCGGCUAUGCGACAAUGGUGGACAUUGAAAAUGGAUUACUUUGAUACAAUUCUUUUUUUCAAAGUUGGCAAAUUCUACGAACUGUAUAACAUGGAUGCAAUCAUUUGCGCACCGGAAUUGAAUUUAACAAUGAUGAAAGGUGAUAUGGCACAUUGUGGUUUUCCGGAGAAAGCAUAUAGUAAAUUUGCUGAUAUUCUCGUGACAAAAGGUUAUAAAGUAGCACGAGUUGAACAAACCGAAACACCAAACAUGAUGAAAGAACGUCUUGAACAACAGAGCGGACGAAAAAAUAAAUUUGACAAAACUGUUCGUCGAGAAAUCUGUCAGAUAACCACGCCUGGUACCAAAACAUUCAACACACUGGACAAUGACAAUGUUUUCCGGGAAAGUUUGUAUUUAUUGAGUAUUGUUGAAGUGCCGAUUCCUGAUAAUAAAAUUACACCAUGUGAAUUCGGCGUUUGCUUUGUCGAUACAACAAUUGCACAAUUUUAUAUUGGUCAAUUCGAAGAUGAUCGAUACUUAUCACGACUACAAACUUUACUCGCUCAAUUUCCACCGACACAGAUUUUAUGCGAGAAAAAUAAAAUCUCCGAAAAGACCAAGAAAGUAUUAACAUUAACACAAGCGAAAAUCGAAUAUCUCAUACCGAACAAAGAAAUGUACGAAACAACCAAGACGUUAGAUAUUCUCCGAGAUGAUACCUACUUCAAAGAUGAAAACGGAGAUCUUCAUUGGCCAAAUGCAUUUGAACACGUUUUCAACGAAGGUGACAAACAAGGUUUACACGUGCGUUCAACUUUUCAAAUAUCCAUGCGUGCAUUAGGUGGUAUUAUGUGGUAUUUACAACAUUGUCUUGUGGAUAAAGAACUUUUGUCUAUGCGUAAAUUUGCAAUCUUUCAACCACCUGAUGAGAAUAUCGAAUUGAAAGAAGCAUCGACGUUCAAACAACAAAAUAUGGUAUUGGAUGCGACAACGUUGUAUAAUUUGGAAAUUUUAUCAAAUAGUCGCGGUGGAAAAGAAGGUUCGUUAUUACAAACAUGCGAUCGAUGUUUAACUCAUUUUGGCAAACGUCUCUUGGCACGAUGGCUCUCGGCACCAGUGUGUAAUGUCAAUGAGAUCAAUGAACGAUUGAAUGCAAUCGAUUGUCUACGAGACAAAACUGAUCUUUGCGGCAAAAUUCGAGAAAAAUUGAAAACGAUUCCUGAUCUCGAACGCCUUUUUUGUCGAAUUCAUUCACUGGGUCAUCGUCCAUUGGAUCCUGAUCAUCCAGAAAAUCGUGCAAUACUCUACGAAGAUAUAACUUAUAGUAAACGAAAAAUUCAAGACUUUCUUUCCGCACUUGCUGGCUUGAAAAUUGCUAAUGAAAUUGCCGAGCUGUUUUCCAAGCAUCAAGACAUUGCCGAUUCGUCAGUUUUAUUGAGAAAACUUAUCUUUCGAGGCGAUGAAAGCUUUCCUGAACUAGAGGAAAUCUUGAAUUAUUACACGAACGCAUUUUCACACGCUCAAGCACGAAAUGAAGGUAAAAUUAUUCCAUCAGCUGGUGUUUGUAAACAAUAUGAUGAUUCAUUAAAUGAAAUACGUGACAAUGAGAAGGCAUUGAACGAAUAUUUGAAUAAACAAAAGAAACUUUUGAAAAAUCACGAUGUCAAAUUUGUUCACGUGCAAAAAAUACGUUAUGCGAUGGAAAUUCCGGAAAGUGCUUGUCGAAAUCUCGAUGAUGAUUAUGAGUUGAUGAGCUCACGAAAAGGCUUCAAACGAUACUACACCAGUGAAUUACGUGAAUUAAUCGAUGCAUUGACUGAAAGCGAAAAAAAGAAAGAAUUGGCAUUAAAAGAUACAACAAGUAGUCUGUUCCGACAUUUUGAUGGUCAUCAUGAUACAUUUCAACGUGUGCUUAACUGUUUAAGUGCACUCGAUGUAUUACUUAGUUUCGUUGCCUACAGUCAGUCAUAUUCCGACAUGUGUCGGCCAAGUGUUCUUCCAACAGACGAUGAUCAACAAUCAUUUAUUAAUAUUCAAAAUGGUAGACAUCCAUGUAUGCUUCAGAAGUCGACAGAUUCUUUCAUUCCCAAUGAUAUUAUACUUGCUGACAAGUCAUCGAAUGAAGUUUGGCAAACGAAACCGUUGGUUUUAGUUACUGGCCCGAAUAUGGGUGGCAAAUCAACUUUAAUGAGAGAAACAGCUGUAUUAGCAAUAUUGGCACAUGGAAGCUACGUUCCAGCAUCAUCAUGCAAAAUGAGUGUAUGCGAUCGAAUUUUUACACGUUUAGGUGCAAGCGAUCGAAUCAUGGCUGGUGAAUCAACAUUCUUCGUUGAAUUAAGCGAAGCAUCAUCAAUUUUACGCCAUGCGACUCGUCACUCUCUAGUUCUCAUCGAUGAACUUGGACGAGGCACAGCAACAUUUGAUGGAACAGCUAUCGCUUGUUCUGUUGUCAACGAUCUUGCAAAUCGUAUCAAAUGUCGAACAUUAUUCAGUACACAUUAUCAUACUUUAGUUGAUGAUUUCGAAAAACAUGAAAACGUCGGACUAGGACACAUGUCCUGCAUGAUCGAAACGGAUGAAGAUACACCGAGUAAACAAACACUUGUUUUUCUUUACAAAUUUGUCGAAGGCUCUUGCCCAAAAAGCCAUGGCUUCAAUGCAGCACGAUUGGCAAAUAUUCCUGACUCUAUUGUUGAACUUGCUCAAACAAAAGCUUCAGCAUUCGAACGAUGGGUUACAUUGAAACGCAUUUUAUUCAAUUUGAAAAAAGUCACCGACAAAUCUCAAUCGCAAGACCUUCUCCAGUUCUUAUCACAAUUAAAACUUAAUUAA